AUGCUCGCCCGCCGCCAUAUCCGGCAGCUGGAGGCGCGGCAGGAGGAGUUGCAGUUGGUGCUGGAGAAGACGGAGUGGGAGUUGGCGUCACUGCCCGCCAGUGCGGAGGAGAGCAUCGUGGAGUUACGCUGGGUUCGGGCGCAGCACAAAGACCUCCAGGUUGAGCACCGGCGCCUGCAGGAGAAGUUUGACGCACUGAAGAACCAGCGUGCGGAAGAGCUGGAGGAGAUGCGCCAGCAGAAUGAACGGCUGAUGCAACAGCUUCGGGAGAGGCGCGACAAACUUGCGAGUGUGUCGCGGCAGAUGCGGGAGUCUGAACUGGCGGCGAAGGAGCAAGCGGAGGAGCUCUCGCAGGCAUUCAAUCUGCUGGAUACACAGAUGCGUGCGCUACGCGCAGAGGUUGGGGCGCCGCAAGGGUCACGCGCCUCCCCACGCCGGCACAGCACAAAGGAGCCGGAGGACGCGCAGGGGAAGUUGCUGCAGGGGCGCAUCACCUUCCUCGAGCAUACCCUGAAGCAGAAGGAGGCAGAGAUCCAUCACCUGCAGCAGGAACUCGAGCGCAAGGAGGAGCAGCUGGACAACUUAGAGGAGCAGGUAGGCAGUGCUACACGCAAUGUGGAGAGUACGACUCGCAGGAGCGCCCUCCUCGAGAAGACAUUAGAACAGUUGAGGCGCACAAACGAUGACCUGCAGGACGAACUGCGCGUCGUCAAGGGGCGUGUAUUAGCGCAGGCAGAACGGCUUUCGUCACAGCCGCAGCCGUCACGCGACACCUCACGGCUGCCGUCACGUCGAUUGCAAUCCACUAGUGCAACAGCGACCAUAACUCGUACGAAAGAGGUAAGUCAUGCGGCCUCUACACGUUCCCACAGCAGAGAGCGUCAAUCGAUACAAGAAGACGAGCACCAGACACCACAGCGAAGAACACCACGUGCGACAUCUGAUAGAAAACGAUCCCGCUCUGGCACACACAACUAA